AUGUUUACCUUGUCAGAAGUCACUUUCUUCAAUGACAGCCUUGCCCAGUUCCAGUCUUUGAAGCCUUGGUGGGAUGUCCUAAUGGACUAUUUGGUACUAGCAAUGCUGAUGAUUUCUGUUCUCUCAGGAACUCUACUAAUCUCUGUUGAUAACAUGACUUGUCUUCCUCUGAAUCAUAAGCUAAAUGAAACUUCAGCAGUUGUACCCAAGACUCAAGCUAUGGAUCAAACCAUCAGUGAAGAGCUUCCUGUGGCAAACAGUCAUCGCUCCAUCAAUCUGGACUACCAACAGUAUCGAUACAUCAGCUAUGUCUGUUAUCAGAAAGUUCUGCCCUGGUUCUCGAAGUAUUUCCCUUACUUUGCACUUGUCAAUUCACUGUUCUUAAUGGCAAGCAACAACUUCUGGUUCCGAUAUCCUAAGACUUCAUCAAAGAUUGAACACUUCUUGUCCAUUCUCACGAAAUGUUUUGAGUCACCUUGGACCACCAAGGCUCUCUCUGAAAUAGGUUGCCAGCACGUCCUAGGUGCGCGCACAAAUACUGUGAAUAUGAGGUAUCUAGGACAACUCAAGUCUCCUCCUUCUCCAAUCCUGGAUGCAAAGGAUCGGGAACUUGGCCAGGCCCUUUUUGAGAAGAUCCGUAGAUUCAGAGCACACACUGAAGGUGGCAGGAUGAUUUAUAGAAUCUAUUUGGGACAAACCUUUCUCAAAAUUGCAAAGGUUCUAACUGUGCUAGGUUAUACCUUCAACUGUAUAGGAUCCAUCUCCUUCAAGCAUGUUUGCCUGGCAGACAUACAAAACCUCAUUGGCUAUUCUACAUUCAUCUGUACCCAUAGCAUGGCUUUCAUUCUACAGAAAUUGAUAGCUACUUAUAUUUUUUUAGUAUUCCUGUACGGAGUCGUGGGGGUUUAUUCACUCCUAUGGCUUUUGUGGCAACCACUGCAGAAAUAUUCUUUUAAGCAAGCGCAUGAAGACAGUCGGGUCUUUGAUAUCCCAGAUGGACAGAAUGAUUUUGCUUUUUUGCUACACAUGGCUGACCAGUGUAAUCAACUCUAUUCGUGGCGGCUUGCUAAUUUCUUAUCAGCCAUGCAUAAAAAUGACAUGCUGGAUGUAGUCUCCAGUGGUAAAUUGGGUACUAAAAAAAAAGGUUAGUUGCCAUUAUCCUUCCCUGUCAUCAAAAUAAAAACAGAUAAGUAAAUAAGCAUUCUAACAAAUCCUUAAUAUAGUAUC